UCUCCCUUCCCCCUUUGCCUCCAAUCCUCCAUCAGCCAAAUACUUGCCUGCAAGUUCUCCAGUGUCAUCAUGAAGGCCUCAAUCUUCGUCCUCUUCAUCACUGCGCUUCUACUCUGCCGAGCUCCGACGGCAUUGUCGGUGACAUGCAACCCAGUGGAGCUGAGCUCAUGCGCCGGCGCCAUACUGACCGCGGCGCCACCCACCGCUGGUUGCUGCGCGAAGCUGAAGGAGCAGCGGCCCUGCUUUUGCCAGUACAAGCAGAACCCCAACUUGAAAGGCUACAUCAACUCGGAUAACAGCAAGAAGGUGGCCAAAUCUUGCGGCGUUCCGAUCCCCACCUGCUGA